AUGCCGGAACAUGUGUACCCCACAGUGUCCGAAUUGACCUGCUGCUCAAAAAAAUGCUGUGAAGAGUGUGGAAAGACGUUCAGAAAUUCGAGUUCCUUGAAUUUCCACAUGGUGAAGACUCAUAAACAGAUGAAAACUAUAUCUGAUACGGCAAUUCAAAGUCGGUUGAAUGCGUACGAGAGUGAGUAACAUUCCCAAGAAUCGUAUUUCAAAUUUUUUCGGGCUUUGUCAGGGUGAUAUCGGCAUAAAAUUGAUUGCAAAACUAAAAUUAUUCCCGGAAAAGUCUAGUAAAUAUAAUUUUAGAAAAGGAAUUUCAAUUCCACUGCCCAUCCUGCCCGAAAUUCUGUCCGGCAAGGAAAUUGUUGGCGCAGCAUUAUCAAAAAGUCCAUGGAGAAAAGAAAUUUGAGUGUGACGAAUGCCAAGCCAAGUUCUCCUUGGAAAGGGAUCUGAAGUACCAUAAAAAGAAGAUGUGCGUUGCUUUGGGCGGUAAGCGUUGUUGUAUUCCCAUUGAAAAGGGGUUUUGAGAGAAUGAUAUUACAAUUGGGAUCUAUGGCAAAAAACAUACCAUUUUGCAUCCGGGAAGUAUCGAAAAUGUGGAAAAAUGCUUCCCUCUCCAAGUGAAAGAAAUUCGUUUUGAAGGGCGCGCCUUUUUUUCCUCACAAAAAGAGCGGGCGCGCUUUUGAAAACUGAGUUUUUUCACUUGGAGAGGGAGAUAUUUUGCCACUAUUUUGAUGCUUCCUGGAUGCUAAAUGGGACGUUUUUUGCCACUGGAUCAGGUCCCCCACUGUGAAUAUUUUUAGAUUCAAGAUUGACUCUGCAACCAAGGAAGGGAUCGAAAACGAAUUCAGAAAGCAAGAAUAAGCCCCAAAGAACAGCUGAUAAUACUCCAGAGGCAUCCGCUUUACCAUCGUCAUCAAAGAAUGCGAAAAAAGCGGAGACUUCGGCCGAAAAUCCACCUACUCCAAAGGUUAUAAUGCUCAAGGUUGUUCCAUGCAUUCUGAAGCCAGUGACGUCGUCCACAGAGGCUCAGACUGACAUUUCAUACGAUCCGGACGGCUAUUGUCAAGACUCGAUGCCCCUCCAGCCCAACGAAAUGGCCAUCCAAACAUCGGAUUGCGGCGUCCAAUUCUGUGCAAUGUCCUUCGAUCAGGAGUGCCAGAGCGGCGAUGUGACCACCUACGAUCAGAGCACAAUGUACGAAGCGCCGACAACCUCGACGGUCUACCAAGACCACGGGUUCUACGCCCCAAAUGACAUGAGUUUCAAUGGGUAUGGCGAUGCGAGUACGGCCGCCACUCAAACGUACGUAUGGAGCGACGAGUACGAAAUGGAACAACAAUACGAAAAUGGACAACAGAAUACGGGCACACAAACCAUUUUCGAGCCAUUGGAUGAAUGGUACCCUCGAGAUGCGAAUGGCCGAGAUUUCGCGGGGAUGACUGACCCGAAUUUUUUCGAUAUUUAG